GAGUGCCGCAACUCUCAUAUUUAUCUGGUAUUCUCUAUACUGAGCCAGCCUAUGGAGCCAGCAUUUGGACGUAAACCUGGAAGCGCUGGAUGUAAACAACGCACGAGAAUGACACAGAAGAGAAGAUACUGUUGAAUAAAUUUCAGAUCCAGUGUGAAGAAGAAGAAGAAGAAAAAGAAGAGGAAAAGGAAAAGAAAGCAGAAAGAAGAAGCAGAAUCAUGCGCCGCCCUCAGGAUUUGGUCAGUCGGAUGGGUGUGGCUCAGUAUUAACAGAGAAAUCAGAUUUAGUUGGAAUCUACAACAAUAUGAAGAACUAUUCAAAAAUCUCCGUGUUUUUAUUAAUAAUCUGUGUGUUUGGAGCUGAUGGAGGUGAAGUGUCAGUGAUGGAGGGAGAUUCUGUUACUCUAGACACUGAUUUUAGAGAGCGAUUUGAUCUAAUAAAGUGGAAGUUUGGAGAUUCAUACUCAAUCAUUGCUGAAUCUAAUGGAUAUAAGAUCUCAUAUCCUGAUGAGAGAUUCAGAGACAGACUGAAGCUGAAUCAUCAGACUGGAUCUCUGACCAUCAACAACAUGAGAAUCACAGACUCUGGAGAUUAUGAACUAAAGAUCAAACAGUGGGACUUAUUAAAGAUAUUCAGUGUUACUGUCCAUGUGUUUGGUGAUGAGGAAGAUGGAGUGAAGAGAGAGUCAGUGAUGGAGGGAGAUUCUGUUACUCCAGGCCCUCGUUUAAGAGAGAAAUUUAAUCGUAUAAAGUGGAGGUUUGGAGUUUCAGGCUCAAUCAUUGCUGAAAUUGAUAGUAAUGAGAUCUCAUAUCCCCUCAAUGACACUGAGAGAUUCAGAGACAGACUGAAGAUGAAUCAUCAGACUGGAUCUCUGAUCAUCAAGAACAUGAGAGUCACAGACUCUGGAGUUUAUGAAAUAGAGAUCGAUCAAGACUCUUGGGAGCCAUAUGAGAAACAUGAUGUUUUCAUCUGUAGAUUGUAUCCAUAUCCAGAACUGUCUCCAGGUGAAGUAGCAGCAAUAGCUGUUGUCAUUCUGCUGGUGUUAGCUGGUGUUAUCUAUUGCUGUAAGAUCUGUAUACGACGAAGGCAAAACCGAGAAUCUGUCACUGAUGAUGAAAAACAAAAAACCACAGAUUCUGGAGAUUAUAAACUACAGAUCGAACCCUGCAGCGAAGGUUUCACAGGAAAAAAUGCAAAUGAAUUGGAGACUUCAGAGAUUCCGCUGUUGAGUAAAGAAGAUCCGGAGAGAGCAAGAGUUCAGCCCACAACUUAGAGCAUCAUGAAAACAUUUAGUUAAUGGCGUUAUGGAGACAUGUGCUUUUUAAACUGUUUUAAUAGGUUUAACGUUACAUAUCAGCUCUGAAAAUACACUCAUUUGAUUAGAAACACUGGAGAGUGGAAAUGUAAAGCAUACUUCCUGUUACAAGUCAGGUCAAGUCACCUUUAUUUAUGCAGCUCCACACACAACAAACUGACAGCUUUCUAUCAGAACCAGCAUUAACUUCUGGAGCAUAAGGUAAGCUAUAGCCUAAUAUUAACCUAAUUAUAAAAAAAUUAAAAAACAUUGCAAAUUUUUCACACAUUUCUGGAAAUUUACACUACAUUUUAAUCACAAAAAUAUACUGGUUAAUAGAUCAAGAAUGUUAUGGUGUGUAUGAUGAUUGAACCUUUGAUCUAGGCCUACAUUAAUUAUUUUAACAAUUAUACUGAACAAUAAUGGAAAAGUAUUAUUGCACUUUUAUAUCAGAAAUUGUAAAUGUAACUAAAUAUCCUAAUAUCUUAUGUGUUCUAUGUGAAUGUUUCAGCUUGAUUUUGUGAAUCAGUAUUUUUGUAUUUUUAUAUAUUAUUCCCUGAUAAAAAAAAAUACAUUUCAUAUGAUAUCCCCUGAUGAACAUCUUUCUCUGUGUGAUGUAUCAUAUUUGUCCUGUAAUGUUA